AAAUAAUUUGGAUAUAGGAAAAUCUAGCCCUAGCACUAUAGCCAAGCCGCAAUAAUAAUUGACGAGCAAUGUUGGAAAAAAGAGGAAAAGAUAGCUCGUGGAUUACCAUAUAAGUUUUCAACAACUUCGGUACUUAUGUCGUCAAUAAAUUCCAUCUUCCUCAGCCUCUUUCUCAUUGGCAAUACUGAAAUUGCAUAUAAAUCCAAAAGGCAACCAGUCAAGUCACAAGUGGUUAUAAACAAGUAGCUAGUAGUAAGCCCUGGAAGGACGUGUUUGUGUUGUGUUGGAUUUGAAGGAGAAAAAUUAAAAGAGGUUAGAGAUAAAGACCACAGAAUCCCAAUGCCCGUGUCUAAAUCCUUUCACCGCUAUAUGCUUGGAAGUGUUUUCUAAUACAACUGCUUUUAUUAAGGAUCUCAACAGGAUGAAGAUGAAAAAUCAAAAGAGUUUUGAGAAUCUGUUUCAUUUAUCAUGGCAAAAGCUUUUCCUCUGAACGGUGAGAACUGCCCUGACACUACCGGUGAGGACGAGAAGUUGCAGGCCACCAGCAAGGUACUCAAUAACGUGCACUGUGACAAGGGAAAAAUGGUCAGAAAGAGAGCUGCCUCCGACAUGGAGAUCCAGGCCGGCGAAGAACAUAGAUAUCUUCGCCGGCCUGCUACCAUAGCUGGGUAUCAUUCGACCCAGCUUGGUGGUGAUUUAAGGGUUUGUGGUACUACUAGUAAUUUUGGUGGUCACAAUAUCAACAGUAUCCCAACAACGACUCACCACGUCUCCAACUACUCCACUAUGCAAAUGUUGACGUCAAAAGGGCCUGAUUACACCAGCUUUUCUAAUUCUAUCCCAAACCUGACCAAUUACACUGAUGCAUCCCAAAACCAGAACAACAACAAUAAUAAUCAAUCCCCAUCUGUUUGUGUUUUCUCCGGUUUGCCUCUCUUUCCUCCUGAUAGAAACCGCCAAAACAGCGGUUUACUACUCCAGCAACCAGCAGCAGUUGUUUCUUCCCCUCUUACAACUGGAAGAAUCGAAUCCAUGGAUGACAACACGUCAGCAACGGCAUGGAUUGAUGGUAUUAUAAAGGAUUUAAUCAACAGUUCUGCUCAAGUUUCCGUACCCCAACUCAUCCAGAAUGUUAGGGAGAUAAUCCACCCUUGCAAUCCAUAUCUCGCCUCCCUCUUGGAGUACAGGCUUCGCUCUCUCACUAGUAAUAAUAAUGCUAAUGGUGGUGGCGCUGAUCAAAAUGACCCCAUGGAAUGCUGGAGAAGAAAAGAACCGUUGUCACAGAUUGCGAAUUUACAACAGGCCCAAAACAAUCCCAAUUUAUUGCAGCAGAAUAUGUUGUCCAUUCCGGAUUCCUCAAAUAAUCAGUACUUAAACUGGGAAAUCGCUUUGCCUGCCAGCCACAACGCUCCGUUGGCGGCCUCUCUGGGCGGCAAUAAUCCCACUGCAACAGAUCUUUCUUUUGUUACGCCUCCCAUUCUUUCUCCUCAAGUGCAGCAGCAGCAACAGCAACAACAACAACAACAGCAGCAGCAAGAAUCUCCUCAGCAUCAGCCCGUAGUAGAUUUAGAACAACAGAAGCAGCAGCAAUCUUCUAAUUCUCUAUCUCCGACCUCAGUGGCUGAUAGCACUGCCAAAACAAAAACUACAACACCUGCUCCUGUCCCGGUCACUACAUACAGAGAGAAAAAGGAAGAAGAGCGACAACAGAAGAGGGAUCAAGAAGGAUUGCACCUUUUGACCUUACUCUUACAAUGUGCUGAAGCUGUAUCCGCUGAUAAUUUAGAGGAAGCAAAUAAAAUGCUAUUAGAAGUUUCAGAACUCUCGACUCCGUUUGGCACAUCUGCACAGCGUGUCGCUGCGUAUUUCUCCGAUGCCAUGUCAGCAAGGCUGUUGAAUUCAUGCUUAGGAAUAUACGCAGCGCUACCACUGACGAGCGUCCCCGUGCUUUACACCCAAAAGAUGGCCUCCGCCUUCCAGGUGUUUAACGGGAUCAGUCCAUUCAUAAAAUUCUCUCAUUUUACAGCCAAUCAGGCUAUACAAGAAGCUUUCGAGAGAGAAGACCGGGUGCACAUUAUAGACCUUGAUAUAAUGCAAGGUCUACAAUGGCCCGGUCUUUUUCAUAUCUUGGCUUCCAGGCCCGGUGGGCCUCCUUUCGUUCGGCUCACCGGGCUUGGAACCUCUAUGGAUGCUCUUGAGGCUACCGGCAAACGAUUGUCGGAUUUUGCUGAGAGAUUAGGACUUCCUUUUGAGUUUUUACCUGUUGCGGAUAAAGUUGGGAAUUUGGAUGCUGAGAAAUUGAAUGUGAGCAAGAGAGAAGCUGUUGCGGUUCAUUGGUUGCAACAUUCCCUGUAUGAUGUUACUGGCAGCGACUCUAAUACCCUCUCCCUCUUGCAAAGGUUGGCUCCAAAGGUGGUGACAGUAGUAGAACAGGACCUGAGCCACGCGGGUUCAUUCCUGGGGAGGUUCGUGGAAGCAAUACAUUACUACUCAGCUCUAUUUGACUCACUGGGCGCGUGCUAUGGGGAAGAGAGCGAGGAAAGACACGUCGUGGAGCAACAGCUCUUGUCAAAAGAGAUACGAAAUGUGUUAGCUGUUGGAGGUCCUUCGAGAAGUGGUGAGGUGAAGUUCAACAACUGGAGAGAAAAGCUUCAACAAUCUGGCUUUAGGUGUUUAUCUCUUGCAGGUAAUGCUGCAGCACAAGCUACACUUUUGCUUGGAAUGUUCCCAUCUCAUGGAUACACUUUGGUUGAGGAUAAUGGAACUCUUAAGCUUGGUUGGAAAGAUCUUUGCUUGUUUAGUGCUUCUGCAUGGAGGCCUAGUCCCUUGCAUGCUGCAUCCGGUGCUCGUCACUUUUCUCGUACCAAUGUGGAUUAGAAAGCCUCUAUGCAGUCAAGUUGGUGAAUUUCGAAUACUGAAUGAUUAAAAAAGGGAAAUGCGCGGUCAGAAAAUUUGUCAUUCCUUCAUUUGCCAGUGUAGUUUACAACUCAUCUUUUCAUGUCAUGUGUAUCUAUACAUCGCGAAGGUGCGGUUUGUUAACUCUUUUUUUGUUAAGUAAUCAUUAAUUAUGUUGCUUUUCUUAAA